UGUAUUUACAAUUAAUUAAUGCAAAUUUCUUUCAUUUCAGACCAUAAAUUCACAUCUGAAGAGCUAAUUAAAAUUGUGAAGAGCACAACCAUUGAUGACAUAUUGGCAGAUUACGAUUCUGAUUUGCCAGAAGAUAUGGACGCGGAUAAUGGCAAGCAUAAUAAAGCUGAUAAAAGGAAGCCGAAACGCAACAGCACUUUUAUACGUAAAGACCCCGAGGAUAUUGUCGAUUUGGCUGACAUUAAGUCCAUAGGAAAUGUGCUAAGUUCGUAGGAGUAAAAGUUAUUAAAAAUAUAUAAAUAUAUAUGAUUGUGUUGCUUAUUGGCCGUUUAGUUAAUUUAUUAAUUUAUUUUUGAGCUAUAGG